GCAGGGCCUGGUCAGAGGAGUGUGAGGCACGCAAAGACCGCUAACCACCCGAAGUACAGAAUCUCCUUGGUCAAGACAAAUCUCACUAAAAUGGGAAACGUUCAGCCCACCAUUGUUCCUUACGAUGGAUUUGACGUGAUGGCUGACGUGAAGGCCAUCCGCAAGGCCUGCAAGGGACUGGGCACGGAUGAGAAGGCCAUCAUAGAGAUCCUGGCCAACCGCUCAGCGGACCAGAGACAGGAGAUCAAACAGGCCUACUUUGACAAGUAUGACGAUGAGCUGGUGGAUGUCCUGAAGAGUGAGCUGUCGGGUAACUUUGAGAACGCCAUCCUGGCCAUGCUGGACCCGCCCCAGGUCUACCUGGUCAAGGAGCUGCGGAGGGCCAUGAAGGGGGCCGGCACUGACGAGGACGUGCUGGUGGAGAUACUCUGCACCUCCACCAAUGCAGACAUUGCCAUGUUCAAGGAGGUCUAUUUCCAAGUCCAUGAACGGGAUCUGGAGGCCGACAUUGAGGGCGACACGAGUGGAGAUGUCAGGAGACUGCUGACUCUUCUGUUGGAGGGUACCAGAGAUGAGGGCUAUGAGGUGGAUGAGGCCCUGGCAGAGCAAGACGCUGUCUCCAUGUUUGAGGCUGGGGAAGGCCGUUUCGGAACAGAUGAGUCCACACUCAGCUACAUCCUGGCCUCCAGGAACUACAUUCAACUCCAGGCCACGUUCAAGGCCUACGAGCAGCUUUCUGGAACUGAGAUAUUGGAUGCCAUCGAGAAUGAGACGUCUGGCACUCUGAAAGACUGCUACAAAGCGCUCGUGCGGUGUGCCAAGAACCCCCAGCUCUACUUUGCCCGCCGCCUCAACAAGGCCAUGAAGGGAGCGGGCACUGACGAGGACACCCUCAUACGCCUCAUUGUCACCCGCUCCGAGAUCGACCUGGAGACCAUCAAAGACAUGUACCUGGAGAAGUAUGACGUGUCGCUGAAGGAUGCCAUCUGCGGAGAGUGCGGCGGUGACUUCAAGCGCCUCCUACUGGCCAUCUGCCAUUAAGGCAGGCGACGCACUGAAGAAGAGGAGGCUAGAUGAAGACACUAGGGGCCCCUCCCAAAGGACCAGGGUGCCCUGGCUAUGGAAUUUAGGACAUAACCAGCAGGACUAACUAACAAAAUACUACUUCACUCACCCCCCCCUCACUCCCUAGAGGUCCUUCAGUCCUCAAGAUCCUAUUACUUGACAUAAUAUGCUUUUAGUGGGGCGAGGCUGGGGGGAGAGAAAAAGAGAAGGGGAAUGAGAGAAGGGUGAAAUGGAGGAGAAGAAAAGUAAAGCAAGAAGUGGUUUACAAAGGUAUAGAGAUGGCUAAAGCAAUCUGCAUGUGGAAAGAGGGUGGGAUGAGUACACUGGGACAAAAAGAGAAAGGGGAUUGAAAUCCACCAGAGCACACUUUCAAAAAAAUGAGAUUUGACAUGUGAAAUUGUUCUUCCCUUCUGUGUCUAUCGAAACAAGUAAUAUGUAACCUCACAAACAACAUCUUGAAGAGCAAACUCUCAUGGUGUGGUGGGGUGUGGGACUUUUUUGUGGAUGAAAAAAAACAACUGCUUUGAGAUCUUGUCUCAAAAGCCCAGCAGUGAAGGCCAGUGCAUAAUAAAUUGGAGUCUUGUGGCAGAGUCUUUCGCAAGCCAGUUGGACAGCACAUUACUCUACACACAAGGGCGUCACCACGACUCUUCCCAACUAUCUUGACUUCGUGCCACAGAAAAUUGCAUGCAGAAUGCUCCAUGUUAGAACACUCAGUAAAAAGAUAAUUCUGCAUUUAUCCCAAGAAAAACUAGUCAUUUGUUUCAAUUUGCUUACUCUAGUUACUUUGCUGUUAUGGAAAGCAAGCCUAUGCUAAGUAGCCUAUAAUGUGCCAGUAUCUCUUACUCACCGCAAAACCCUCACAGAAAGCUUGUGACUGUUUGCUUGUUUGCUUGUGACCUUAGACUAUAACAGUGAUUCUCAAACUUUUCCCAUCAUUCCCCCCUUCGGAGGGUCUGGAUGCUUCCGGCCCCCCUCAAGCAACAGCAGUACUCGUGCAGACUGAUUUUAUGAUUGCUGUGCUGUGCAGAAUCAAAUAAAUGGUGACUGGAGAGAUAAAACAAAGAGGGACUGCAAUUUCCUAUAUAACAAUUAAUAAUAUCAUGUUUAUACUUAAGUAUAUAAUGCUUAAAACGUAUUGGCUUAUUGUCGAGACAGGAAAAAAAUUGGGGGGGCAAAAUCAGAUGUCACACGCCCACCCUGUGAUGCCUCCGCGCCCCCCCAGGGGGGCUUACACCCCACUUUGAGAAUCACUGGACUAUAAGGUGCACUUAACUAGUCUUACCAUGUGAAUGAAGUGAUAAUGUGAAGGAACACAUGCAUGAAGGACGAACUCCAUAUUGCUGUAUGUUGUGCGAAUUAGGGAUCAGCUGCUGCUCAUCAAUUGGAUGAACAAUAAUCAAACUUUUUAGCAUUUGCAUCAUAGCAGUCAUUAACGUGACUGUGUGCCUUUUGCCCAGUUUUGCAAUCAUCAACACAAAUGGCAAGGUAACAUGAAGUUAAGACAAUGAUUGGGGUUUUUAAUGUUAUCAAAACAUGAUGAAAUGUAUUGUUUGUUUGUUUUUUUACUCAUGACUGAUAUUACCUUGUUUGCCACCCAAUCUGUUAAACCUUUUUUGUAUUGUGACACUAACAAACUCAUUUAUGAAAAAAUAUAGCAAAUUAUUUUAGAUGUCUUAAUAUAACAGUGCUAUAGAGAUAUUAUGAAGAUUGCAUGGAGAAUAUUUAUGAUUUUAGUGAGAGGAUUCCAUAUACAUUUGUUAUGACAUCUGUCAUAAGCCGAAGGUUUGUUACCAGUACAAAUCAUGUUUGUAGUCGUUGCCAUUGAAUUAGGCUAUUACAAGAUCAUGGUCACUAAAAAUAUUCCUGUCUUUCAUUGUGGCAGCUUGGUAUUCCAACAUGUGUCCUUUCAGUGUCUACUCACUAGGCAACUCAUUUUCUGACAACUGACCUGGGACCAAAUGGCAUGUGCCUCAGUAAAAACCAAAUCACUCAGAAUUUAAUAAAAUCAUGAAUUACAACUUA